AGUGUACUGUGAUUGUGUUUUGGACUCUUUUGUGGCUAUUGUAAAGUUCAAUGUCAUCCCCUCUACGAACCCCGAUGGCAGGAAACCAGAUCACUUGCUUUAUUUUCAUCAGCUCUGUUUUGGGACAUGCUCACUCAGCUGAUGAUACCUACUUUGUGAUGCCUCAGACAGUAACAGCUCUGACAGGCUCUUGUGUGCAGAUUCCUUGCACAUUCAACAUCUCCAAUUUUGAGGACAACCUCAAAAUCAAAAUUUAUGGGAUCUGGCUGAAAAACAAAUCACAGUAUGCUAGCAAAGACAGUUUUAUAGCUUUUAAUAGCAGUGAAAACAUCAUUAGAGGAUUCAGUGACAUAAAGAUGACUGGAGAUCUCAAUGAGAGGAACUGUACCACUGUCUUCUAUAACAUCAUGAUGAAUCAUUCAGACCGCUAUUACUUCAGACUGGAAAUGGAGCCAAAUGUGCUCAGAGCAACAUUUAACCCCAAUCCAGCUGAUUCAAGCAACACUGUGAGGAUCAAUGUCACAGACUCACCACAACCUCUUGAACUUGAACAUAGUAAGCUACAGUAUGUGAUGGAGGAAACUACAGUAAAUCUAAGCUGCUCUGCUGAAGCCCCCUGCCCCGCACAACCUCCUAAAAUAUCCUGGUCUAACAUCCCUGAAUCUGCCCGCAUUACAACACAGUUACAGGAGAAACCUGAUAAAACCCAGUCAGUGUUUUCAUACAUGACCUUCAAAGCUUCAUACAAAGAUCACAAGAAGAACAUUUCCUGCACUGCUACAUAUCCAAGAAAUACAUCUGAUGACUCUUCUGCUGAGACCACCAUGAUGCUACGAGUCCUGUUGCUUCCAACAGAAACUCACAUCACCAUCAAUCCAUCUACUUCAGUCUCUAUUGGCACUAAUGUGACUUUGACAGCACAGGAUAAAUAUGGCAGUCAGUCAACAGCAGCGAUCCAGCUCACAGCUGAAGGACAAGAUGGACCAUCUACGGCCAUGAUUGCUGGUUGUGUGGGAGGAAUUGUGGCAGUGCUCAUGCUCUCUGCUAUUGGAUUUUGUACAAGAUGA